AUGACAUCAGAUAAGUAUGAUGCUCUACAGGACGAUGGCCUACAGAGCGAUGCUCUACGGGAUAAUGAUUUACGGGGUAAUGCCCUACUAGAUGAUGCCCUACGGAAUGAUGCUCUACGGGAUAAUACUCUACGGGAUGAUGCUCCACGGGAUGAUACUCUAAGGUAUAAUGCUCUACGGCAUGAUGCUCUAAGGAAUGUUGCUUUACGGAAUGUUGCUCUACGGUAUGAUGCUCUACGGGGUGAUGUUCCAAAGGAUGAUGCUCUACGGGACGAUGCUCUACGGGGUGAUACUGUACAGAAUGAUGCUUUACGGGAUGAUGCCUUACAGGAUGGUGCUCCACAGGAUGAUGCUCUACGGGAUGACGCCUUACAGGAUGAUGCUCUACAGGAUGAUGCCUUACAGGAUGGUGUCUUACAGGAUGGUGCUCUACAGGAUGAUGCUCUACGGGAUGAUGCCUUACAGGAUGGUGCUCUACAGGAUGAUGCUCUACAGGAUGAUGCUUCACGGCAUGAUGCUCUACGGGAUGACGCUCUACGUAUUAAUUCACCACAAACUCCCCUGAAAUAG